CACUUUGCAGAGCAGAGCGCGCGAGGGGCAGCCCUCGGACGAUUGCAAGCAAAAGCGCAUGACGUCGGGCAGCUGUAGCUGGCACGCGUGCGGGAUGGACCGCACAAGGCUGAAACGCAGCUAGAGAUGGUGGAGCCCCUCGCGGACCGCGUGCUGGCGCUCACGCUGGCCGACGAGCCCGGGCAGCUCGCGGCGCUGCUGCUGGACCGGCCGCGCUGGGAGGGCCCGCUGGACGUCGAGGCGGCCUUCGGCGGGCGGACCCCCGAGGGCGCGGCGCCGCUGCACGCGGCGGCGGUCGGCGGCCGGAGCGCCUGCCUCGCGGCGCUGCUCGCCGCGGGCGCGCCGUCGGCGCGCGUCGAGCCGAGCGGGCAUACCGCAUUGCACCUGGCGUGCCAGGGCGGCCACGUCGCGUGCGCCGCGCAGCUGCUGGCCGCGUUCCCCGGCGAUGUCAAUGUUGAAACGGCCCGGGGCCACACGCCCCUCAUGGUCUGCCUCGAGACGACGCACGGCGACGCCUCGCGCGCCGCGGCGACGGCGCGGCUCCUGCUGCGCCGCGGCGCCGACCCGAUGCGGCGGCGGCCGACGGAGGCCGCGGGCGUGCUCGCGAACGCGGCGCUCUACGAGUGCUGCCUGCUGGGCCGCGACGCGCUCUGCCGCGCGCUCUGCGAGGGCUACGACGUCGCGGCGCAGGUGGCCUACAAGACGCGCGGGCAGAGCCACAACUGCUUCCACGCCGCCUGCGACCGCGGCCACGCGCGCUGUUUGCAAGCCGUGCUGGCCGCGUGCGGUGCGUCGUCUGAAGGAACGCGGGCCGCCGCGCGCGCGCUCAUCAGCGGGGCCGACGGCGACGGCGCGUGCCCGAUCCACCUCGCGGCGCACUCGGGCGCGGCGGCGUGCGUCCGGCUGCUCCUCGACUUUGACGCGUGCCUCUUAGGCCUGCGGAUGAACGCGUCGCAUCAGACGCCACUUUAUCUGGCCUGCGCCCGGGGGCACCUCGAGACCGUCGAGGUCUUGCUCGGGCACGCGUCGGAUGAAGCGGCCGAAGCGCCCGAAUUCACGCCGCUCCACGCCGCGGCGGCCUCGGGCGCGGCGGACGUCUGCGCGCUCGUCCUGUCGGCGCGGCCGGAACUGCUUCGAAUCGAGGACCCGGACCACCGCACGCCACUCGCCACGGCCGUGUCGCACGGCAAGCUCGAGAGCGCGCGGCUCCUCGCGAUCGCCGGCGCCGCGCCGCGCUACGGAGCCGUCGACCUCGUCGACGAGGCCCACGCGCGAAACCUCCCGGCGCUGGCCGCGUGGCUCCGCGACAUCUGCGUCUUCCGCGCCGCCGACGAGCCGCUUCCGGUUUUGUGCUUCGCGCCGGACCUGGGCGCGACGCACGUCCGGGCUCUGCUGCGCGCCGGCGCCGCCGCCGACGUCGUGGCGAUCCGAGCGCUCGGAGACGCGGUCGCCGACGGCGCCGACGACGCCGCGCCGGCCCCGCCGCCGCCGCCGCUCGCCGCCGCGACGCGGCCCUGGCAGCCGGCGACGCACGAGCUCUUCCCGCGCGCCGCGCGCGUCCGCGCCUACGUCGCGCUCGUCGUCCUGCGGCGGCGCCUCCCGGGCCUGCUGGUCGUCGACCGCGUGCUGCCGUUCGCCGUCGACCGGGGUGGCGCUCGCGUCGACGAGCAGGCCGCGCUCAUGGCGCUCGUCCUCGGGCGGAGGCCGUUCACGCUCGCGGAGCGGCUUCGCGGCGUCCCGUAA